AUGACGAACCGGCAGCCCAAACCCUUCCGCUUGUCGUCCGAGGCGACGCCAUAUUCUCCAAAUUACACCACCACGCAGCAGCAGGCCGCGGAGGCGGCCGCAUUCUCGUCCCUCGUGACGCACCUCCGGGGGCGGCUAGACGUGCCCAACAUCGAGCUGAUGAUCCUCGGCGGCUUCUGCCGCAACUGUCUCGCAAAGUGGGUGUACGGCAUGCCCUACGCGGAGUGGAAGGCGGCGCACCAGCCAAAGGCGACCGUGGAGCAGCUGGCGCGGCUCGAGGCGACCAAGCCCUUCCACGCCUCCCACCCGAAGCAGGACCCGCCCGCCUCGCCGGCUGCGAGCUUGCCGCACACGCCGAGCCUCUCGUCUGCAGAGGCGCCAACCAACGAGUAG